AUGAGCGCGCCGCCCAGCAUUCCUCUUUUUCCUCCGCCAGGGAGCACUGCCGGCUUUACGUUUGCCUCACCUGCGUCGUUUCACUCCAUGGCGCCGCCUAGGGGAGGAGCCGGUGGCGCCGCGCGGGCAAGUGCGGCCGCAGCUGCCUCGCGAAGCCGCACGGCUGCAGCCCGAGCCGCUGUCGCUGCGGCGCGGGCGAAUGGAGGCUUGGGGUCGCACAAACGCCCUCGGCCGGCUGGCGGACUUGUGCCUCCUGGGCUUCCUUUCGGCGCCGCGAAAACUCGGCGCUCGACGCUGCAAAGCGUGCCUGCGACGAGGUCGACCCGCGCCUCCACGGCUGCCAUCCUGCAACACAGCACCGCGCUUCAUGGGUCGCAGCCUGAGCCGGCUGCCUCGGGGGCAUGUGUCCCCUACAGAGUCGGGCAAGUCCUCACAGACGCCUUGAAUCGCCUGCAGAAAAAAGACAAAAAACUGAUCUUUGCCUCCGCGGUCGACAAAGCGCUCGUUCCCGACUACUACGUCGUCAUCAAGCAACCCAUGUUCUUUGAGAAAAUGAAACAAAAGAUACGCGACAGAGAGUACAGAACUCUGGAUGCGUUUGACGCGGAUGUCGAACUCAUCAUCAGCAACUGCCGUCUAUACAACCAGCCAGACACGCCGUAUUGCAGAGUUGCGUCUCUCGUGGAGACCUGCUGGCACAAGCUCCGCGAGCGUGUCAAGGUCAAGUUCGCCGCUGCGGCGGCGGCCGACGCGGCGGACGAGGCCGCUCUCACCGCGCACCGUCCCUCGGGCUUGACAGGCCCCGGCGCGGCCUCCACGUCUGCCUCGCCCGCCCCAGGCGGCGCUGCGUCGCAGCGGGCUGCGGGACUGCUUGGAACGCUCGGCCGUUCGCAGCCUGGCGCGGGCCUCGCCCCUGCAAGUGACAGAACUGCCGGUGGCCUUGGCGAGCUGGCGGGCGCCGCCGCCCCCGGGGCCGGCGCGCGGGCCGCUGGAACCCCAGGCGCCGGAGGCGCGUCUCCCGGCGCCGGAGACAGUGGGGACGCGGCUGCGGUCGGAGCGUCCAGCAGUGGCGCAAAGGGGACCUCAGGCCUCCGCGUGCAGGAAGGCCCGCGCGCCGCAGGCCCCGAGGCCUGGGCGGCGUCUCCGCACGGCGCAGCGCGGGGUCUUCUGCGGCAGUCCACAGGUGAAGAGCUGCUUUGUCUCCUCCGCAUGGCGGCCGAUCCCGCGGCGGCGGCGAGGCUCGACGAGCUGCGAAGCCAGCGAGAGGGAGGCGCGGGCAUGGCACCCGACGGUGGGGGGGCGCCGGAAGGGGCGGGGGCUGCGGCGCUCGGCGCCUGCGGGCCUGCUGGGGUGGAGGAAGGCGCGGCCGCAGCAGCUUCCAAGGCGAAAGCGAAGGAGACUCAGAAGGGCAAGAAACCGCUCGACGCGGGAGACGCCAGUCUCUCGCGGGAAACGGGCCUCGCGCCCGCGGCCGUGUCUGCGGCCCGCAAGAAGGAUCCCUUCUUCUGGGCCUCGGUGAUGGUGCCGAAUCUCCCCGGCUCGCCCUCGCCGGCCUGGACGCAGACGCUGGGGCCUGUGGAGUACGCCGCGCCUGCGGCCGGAGCGUCCGGUUCGCAGCAGAAGACUGCGCAGCCGCUGUACCACAAGAGCCUGCAAACGUUUCUCGGCGAAGACACGCUGGCGCGUCUAGACAGCUUCUUCCCCGACACGCGCCGGGAACUGCAGAGAUUUGCUCAGCAGGAGGCGCUGCGGGCCCCGCUCAACGACCUCCGGAUUUUCGGCGUGGACACGGCUGACUUCCCGGCGUACAACUCGAAACUCUCCGUGGACAACAACUACCUCCUGGGCGUCGGCGAAGGCCACGUGCAGGCUGCGGCGACGCUGGCGACGAGUCUGCCUUCUGUGCACGCGGACGGCGAGGCGGCGGCGCUGCCGGCGUGCGCUCCGGCUGCGCGGCUGGCUCUCUCGUCCCUCCACGGACUGGUCCAAAAGCACGCGCACCUGCGGAACCCGCAGCUGCAUCCGAAGCCCGAGCCCCCGGCGCGGCUGCGGGUCCGCGCGGCGCACCUCGGCGGAGGCCGCUUGCUGUCCGCGCCGCUCCUGGCCUCCGGAGCCCUGCGGCCCGCAGGCGCGGCCCUCCCGUCGUCACCGGCGCACGCCUCACAGGCCGGCGCGGGGGGCGACGGCGCCGAGCGCCCCGGGGGGGAGGAGGCUCGCGGCAGGCGCUGCCCGCCGGCGUUUCGGCGUUCGGGCCGCCGCCGCCGCGUGAGAACGGCCAGCGGCCAGCAGCCACAGGCGCUUCGGCGAGGGACGAGGUGGCUGCAGCAGCCGCAGGUCCGCACCUCCUCGCGGGAAAGGAGGAGCACGAGGAGAAGGCGGCAGACGGCGCAUUUGCUUCGUCAGUCUGCGAGAGCGCGUCGGAAGCGGGGCGGGGCCUGCAGAAACGCGAAGCAGGCUCGACUGUCGCGCCGUUGGAGUCUGAGGGCGGACGCGGGCGGCGUUCGCGCCAGAGAAAACAAGGAGGACCACCUGCUGCAUGCUGCAGUCCGCCAGCACUUCAACCGUCUGAUUGAGCAAGUGCUCAGCUCGCCGCAGCAGCGGCUUCUCCAGCUGCAGCAGCGCAAGCGCGCCUUUGCGCAGACGCUUCAGCGGUUGAUGCCUGCUGCGAGCCCGGGGCAAGCCAACGCCGAACUGGUGCCUGCACAUCUCGCGCCAGGAACCUCUGCGCCUCUCCAGGCUUCUUCGCUUCAGAUCAAAGAAGCGGGCGCGGCAGCGGCUCUGCCGAGCGGUCGCGCAGAGGGCGGCUCACCAGCGAGAGAGACUGAAGUCUCGUUGACUCCCCAAGGCAAAUUGCACGCCGUCUCCGCGCAGCCGCAUUCCUCGACGCAGGCGUCUCAGCUGCAGCAAGGGGUCGCUCACGCGCCAGACCCUCCGCAGGCAGCGCGAGUUUCUUCUCAACAGGCGACGACGUCUCCGCUCAGUCGCCAAGGCGCCGGCGCUGAAGCGACCGGAGCGCGAGAGACACGGCCGGCGGACUGUGGCUCCGCAGGUUCAGCCGCGGACAGGGGCCGCGCUCCCGCAGCAGCGGGCUCGGAGAUGAGUGGAUGCAGUUCAAGUCCCCAGUUUGCGGCGCCUCUGCCAGGGGCGGCAACUCCUCAGUGCGGGCCUUCUCCCACGCUCGCGGGCGGGUCGUCUGCUCCCGCCUCCACGGCGCGGCCAGAGUCCUAUCAGGCUGGUCAGUCUCCUGUCGCCUUGACUUCGCAGCCUUAUUCCGCUGCUGUUCACGCUCCCGCUGGGGGGGCGUCGCCCUUCCAGCCCCAGCCAGGAGGCGGACAGCCCCGGUCGCACGUGCCUGCGGCGGCGCAUGCCUCGUCGUUCCCCUCCCAGACGGCUUUCGCCUCGCCUCCAGCCUCGCAGGCGUCGGCUGCGUACCUUCCGCAGUCAUCGUGUACCCUUCCAGGGGCUGCGCCAGAGGUUCACUCCUCGCCUUCUGCGUCGCUUUCGACUGUAGUCGGUGCGAAGGCUGGCUUCUGCAAGCGCAACGACUUGCAGCGCCGGACCCCUCCGGCGGGAGGGACAGCGCUGCAGGCGCCGUCGCAGGUGCAGGCCUCCGCUCCGCAGCCUCUUGCGGGUGUGCCUUUGCAGGCUUCGCCCUCCUCAGGAGGCACCUCCGCACCAUUUUUUUCUGCGCCGUCGCCGCACGUGCCCCCGGCGUCGCACGCGUCUCUGGAGCUGACUGGCUCCACGGCGCCGCCGUCUCCGCUUCCCAUGCGACCAAGGAGAGUCGAGAGCCACGAAGGCCCCCCGCGAGCAAGAGACGCUACGCCCUCCUUCGGGGGGAGCUCGCACCGCCCCUUCGUUGCAGGGGGAAACAACGGUGGAGGCGGAGGAGGCGCCAUGACGCCGCUGCCCGAGUCGUGGCCUAACGGGCGUGCGGAAGUCCGUGGCGCCUGCGCGGGCGCGGACACUACGGAGGGGUCCGGUCUCCGUGCGGCCUACCCCGCUCAGGCGCCGGCGAUGUCUGCACCCGCGCUUGGCUCGGCGUCCUUUCCGUCGUCUCCGCUUCUCGUGCUCGGGGCUCCAACGCAGCGUGCUCCCGCGCGAGAGCCCUGA